AUCAACGCUGCAAAUAGAGAGAAGAAACACUCAACAAGCUAGAGAGAGGGGGGGAGAGAGAGAGCCGGGCUGAUAAAGCAACACUGCACCAUUGGGGAGCUGCGCAGUCUACACCCUCACUGCUUAAACACUCUCACCUCCUCCCCCUUCUUCCUCCUCCUCCCUUUCCUCUCCCAAGUGGCCAAGUCCCAACCGCUCCAUAACCACAGCUGACCGCUCCUCUCCCUCCCCCUCUCUGCACGACCACGACACCAUGAUCCCAUGAGCGACAAGAAGAAGAAGAAGAGGAGGAGGCAGAUAGGUAUUGCGUAGGUAGGAUAGGAGCUAUACAUCCAGAUAGCAGCGGAGUAGCAACGCUGCCAGCACGUAGGGAUGUACAAGAACCAGCUGCAGGAGCUGGCGCAGAGGAGCUGCUUCAGCCUGCCGUCGUACGUGUGCACGCGGGAGGGGCCCGACCACGCGCCGUGCUUCCGGGCCGCCGUCACCUUCAACGGCGAGACCUUCGAGGGCCCCAGCGGCUGCACCACGCUCCGCCAGGCCGAGCACGCCGCCGCCGAGGUCGCCCUCGCCCGCAUCGCCCUCCGCGGGCCCUCCACCUCGCUCGCCGCCCGGGUCCUCGAUGAGACGGGGGUGUACAAGAACCUGCUGCAGGAGACCGCGCAUCGGGCCGGGCUGAAGCUGCCGGCGUACACCACGGUGCGCUCGGGCCCGGGCCACUCACCGGUGUUCGCCUCCACGGUGGAGCUCGCUGGCAUGAGCUUCGCGGGCGACCCCGCCAGGACCAAGAAGCAGGCGGAGAAGAACGCCGCCAUGGCCGCCUGGUCUUCCCUCAAACGGAUGCCGGAGGCGCGCAAGGAGCCGGGCGCCGGCGACGAGCAGGACCACGUGAUCGUCGCAAGAGUUCUCGCCGCGCUGAAGCCUCGAGGCGACGGCAAGGCGGCGCCUUUGCCAAAGCAGUGCGGCACCGGAUCUUCUCCCUCUGUUCUUCCGAACCCGUCGCUGUACAGACACCAAUGGCGGCCUCGGAACACCCCUGCUCAGCCGCCGAGGACGGCGCCCCCGCAGCCGCCGGUUGGCCCCAGGAUCCUGCCUCCCCUGCACCUGCUGCAGCAACCGGCGUCGAGCUCCAUGGACGCCGCGGCGGCGGAGCUGGUGCGCAUGCUGGAGAGGGCCAUCGUGAGGGACAGGGCCGCCGCGGAGGCACUCCCGCCGUCGCCGUGCUACUACGCUCCGGCCCCGGCGUACCACCACGGCGCCGCGCCGAGAUCCUUCGCCGCGGACGGGUUCCACGCGCCGGCCGUGAGCGUGCGAUCGGUGAUCCCGGUGUGCGCCGCCCCGCCGCCGCGGCCGCCGGCCAAGCAGGAACGGAAUGGCCCAGCGACAUCCUCAUAUGCAGGCAAGAGGGUGUGAGCUCGUGGCCGGCUUUUGAAGCGCAAGAAGAGAAGAAAUCGUUAGCCUUCAUUGGUUCUGUUUUCGCGGGGGAAUUUUGAUCACAGCUUUCUCUGUACAAAAGUUGUGUACGAGGUCAUCCAAGCAUCUCUCUCCCUUUUCUCUCCCCCUACCUCUGCUGUUUUGACCAUGAUCCGGAUGGCGAGAUCUUCAGAGUUCAGAAAGGCAGCCGUGGCCUCCAUGUCCAUGAGACCACGGAGGGCUUUAGAUGGAUGAACAUAUGAUAUAGUUGUACUACUGUUCUAGAGCUUCAGUAGAAGCCAUUCUCCGUGUUAACCAGCGUAUCAUCUCGUCGGCCCUGCAUACACAUCUUGCCAUGUACAAAAUUUCACGUCGUAUACAUAUCCUUUUUUUUCUGAA